AUGUCGAAAAGGAGCGGCAAAGAGUCGAAGAGUGGUGACGGCAAGGUCAAGAAGUCGAAAAAGGGAGACAAGCAUGCCAAAAUACCAGAGGAUCAGAAGCAACGUGCUGCCGAGUCUGCGUUCAGUGUCCUGGUCACCGACGACAAGACAGUCAAUCCGUCGCUAUCCUCUCUUUUCGCAGUGAAGCAACCUCCGGUCAAGGCGAAACCAGCGUCAGCUCCAAAGCCUCGCACCACAAAGCGCGAGUCCAGCGAUGAGGCAGAGGAUGAGGAUAACGAUGCCGAACUGUCUGAGUUAGACGAGGAUGAGGUUUGGAGUGCGUUAGAUGAGUCCGAAAGCAAUGCGGAAGAAGAGCAAGCAAAGGAAGUCGCGAUUGAAGAUGAAGAGGAUAGUGUUCAGCCGAAACGCAAGCGCAAGAAGAAGGAUGCCGAUGUACAACUGGAGGACGCCUACAUGAGCAAAUUGGCCCGUGAGGAGGAGCGAGAUGCCGAGCGCAUGGCUGCUGAACGAGCUGCAAAGCGCCAGAAAGCAGCUGAUUUGAAGGACGAUGACGAAGAUGAGAAUGAGGGUGAAUCAGGCAAGAUGGACGAAGACGAAGACGAAGUUGAAGACGACGACGACGACGAAGCAACCUUGCCACCUCCAAAGCACGAGACAGAGCAGCAAGCCGACGAUGAUCUGGCCAAGGCAAAUCGCACUGUGUUCCUCGGAAACGUAUCCACCGCCGCCAUCAGCUCCAAGUCAUCUCGAAAGGUGUUUGAGAACCAUCUCAAGUCCUUCUUUGACGAUCUACCGGCUUCAAAGGACGGUAUCAAACACAAGCUGGAAUCGAUCCGAUUCCGCUCCACGCCCUACGCAUCUGCCAUCCCAAAGAAAGCUUCAUACGCCAAGAAGGAGAUCAUGGACGCCACCACCAAAUCGUCAAACGCCUACGCCGUCUACUCGUCUCCUCUACUCGCACGAGAGGCCGCAAAGCGCCUGAACGGCACCAUCAUCCUCGACCGCCAUCUCCGCGUAGACGAAGUAGCCCAUCCAUCCAAAGUCGACCACCACCGCUGCAUCUUCGUAGGCAACCUAGGCUUCGUCGACGAUGAAAGCAACAUCCAAGACGCCAACGAGGAAGACGGUCGCGAGAAGCGGAAACGCGGUAAAGAGCCCUCCGAUAUCGAAGAAGGUCUCUGGCGGACCUUCAUGAAGUGCGGUGCUGUCGAGAGCGUCCGCGUCAUCAGAGACAGCACCACGCGAGUCGGCAAGGGCAUCGCAUACGUACAGUUCGAGGACGAGAAUGCCUUGGAAGCCGCCCUGCUCUACAACGAGAAGAAAUUCCCGCCCAUGCUCCCUCGCAAACUCCGCGUCUCUCGAGCAAAAGCCCAAAAACGCAACGUCAAACCCGGCUCCGACCGUCCUUCGACUUCCAAGCAAAACCCCAACGGCUACCAACGCAAGCUGACAGGCCAAGAAGCCUCCAACCUGGGCAGAACAAGCAAACUCCUAGGACGAGCGGCCGCCGCGAAAGCCCGCAAGCCAGAGAAGAAGCCCGCCGCGAGCAGAGAUUCCAAACCAGCGGUGGGAGGGGAGAUCAAGGGACCCGAGAGCUUCAUUUUCGAAGGACAUCGAGCGACUGAGAAGCAGGGAAAGAGUGGCCUGAAGCUUGGGGGGCGACAUACCAAGAACAAGACGAAGGUGACGAAGAGGAGUUCUUCGUUUAAGAAGUCCGGUAAGAAGACUGCCUAG